UCAUUCCCCACUGUUCACUCUUGCCUUUGCAAGAUAAUCACCUUCCUCAGGCUUUUCUCCAAUCCAGCCUCACAUUGGCUAACCAAUGUAUUUUCUCGAAACCCCAUCCAAUCUGAUUUUGCAACAGAAAAACAAGCGACCUGCCGGACUUUUUCAGCGGUUCCAUUCCGCAUUCCAAGGGUCAAAUGUGGCUCCAGGCUCACCUCCCUCCAUCCUUUUCAAACAGCAAAAGGUGCCCGGUGUCUAAGCGAUCUCCUAAUGUGGCCCCUUUCCCUUUGCCAUGCAUCUCUCCUGGUUACGCCUCUCAAGCCAGGACAGGGCUGUCUGUGUGCUUGCAAGGUCCCCACUGUCUUGCUGUCUCCGUGUGUCUGGGAACCCAGAGAAGUCUCGCCCGAAAACAGAACUAAACGCGGUCUAGUGCUUUCCGUCUCGGAGAUGCCGACCGCGCGUCGUCUGGAGACCGUCAGCCAUCAAUCACUAGAAUUCUGGGUAAUCCAGCUGAGGCUGGGCCUCGGACCGUCUCUUUCUCCGGAACCCUUCUGCCCAGUCCCAGCCGAGCACUUUUAAGUGGAACACACAAAACCGGAAGUCGGUGGAGGAAGACAGGCGUGAGCGAGCCUGGCAAUGGCUUGGAGGACGAGCCUCGCGUGCCUCGUCAAGGCUAGAGGGAGGUGGAGAUGGUUUCCAGUCCCGGAGUACUCAUUCCUGCCUCCAGGCCUGAAUAAUAUCUGCUCUCGGAGAAAAUCAUCUGCACCUGAGAAAAUGGAUGCCAGUGUUGCUGUUUGUGACGAAAAUGGAAAGGAACCUGGGAAUGUACUGGACAAGCUCUUCUCCCAGGAACAGCAGGCUUCUAUCUUGAAUGUGCUGAACACAGCUUCUACUGAAGAGCUGGAAGCUUUCAGUUUGCUUCGAGGAAGAAAGUCCGUCAAUAUUGUAGAACACAGAAAGAAGUUUGGGCCAUUUGAGAGUUUGGAGAAGUUGAUAGAUGUGCCCUUGAUCCAAUAUAAAACUGCUGUUCAAGUUUGUAACUCCAUCCUUUGCCCAGAGAGUGGAAGAAAAAAAAACUCACCGAGAACGUGGCUGCUGAGAAAGUACAUUAAACCAGAUGUAGAGAAAGAGAGACUUAAGGCAGUUAAUAGUAUCGUAUCUAUUGUUUUUGGUACUCGAAGAAUUGCGUGGGCUCACCUUGACCGGAAGCUGACAGUGCUGGACUGGCAGCAGGCUGAGUGUUGGAGAGUAACGAACAAAACAUACCCAUCGUCCUUUUAUCUGGAAGAGAUUUCUUCAGUCAUUUCAAAGAUGCCUCAAGCAGAUCUCUACAUUUUGGAAAAAUCAGGACUUUCCAUUCAGAACACAUCUCUGUUUCCUAUACUGUUACACUUCCUUAUCACGGAAGCCAUGCUGUAUGCCUUACUCAACAGAACUUUUGCUGAGGAUGGCCAGCAUCGGGUGCUGAGCAUCAGUCGAAACGCUGUGGGCAAGCACUUUGACCUAAUGAUUGGCGACACGAGGACUAGUGGGAGGGAGCUAGUGAAGAAGCUCCUCUCUGAGUCCGUGCUGAAGGACCAUCCUCGGGUGCUCUUCCCACGGGAGCACAUAGUGCGAUACAGACAGAAGAUUCUGAAGGACUCACACCGGAUUGAAGAGUUCUAUGAUUCGUUGUUACAAGCUGUUGCUUUUUACGAGUUAGUUUUUGGCAGAGGCUUAACGCUCAGGUGUUAAUGCACUCACUCUAGUGUUUUAUUAAUUUAUUAAACCAACUGUUCCCAUCCUCCGUGUUAGUGGAGAGGAGAACAUCUUGAGUAUAUUUUUCCAUGUUUAUAAAGUCAAGACUUUUGGCUGUCAGAUAGUGUGCAUGAGCCAAAACCAAAUCAAUAAAUAUUUUAUGAAA